ACCUUAAUAAACAAACACAAGAAAACCUGGAUUUCUAGCUUAAGGUCUAUGUCAAAUCAAUUCUCAAACCAUCAGUGGCUCUGGACGUAGCCAAUGUGACUUAAAAACUUAAAAAUUAGUGCUAUAAAAGUGACAUAAAUACCAUAAGUGUCAAAAUGGCCGCUCUAAGGACAUUCACGAAGGUUCUGCUGCUGUUCAGCAUACACGGGAUUAGCAGCGAGGACGAGUUUCGCAGCGUGCCAGUGACAGUGAAGACUUAUGAGAACGAGACUGUGUUACUGCCGUGUUACGUGGAAGACGCUGGUGACGUGAAGCUGCGCGUGCGCUGGUACAAAGCGGGCGCGUUGCUAGGCGACAGCGCGGAUGCGCAUACGCUGCUGCCUCCACGAGUGAGGAUGCACGCCAACUACAGCCUGCAGCUCGACAGCCUCGGUGCGAAGGACUCCGCUGAUUAUACCUGCGAGGAGAGUCUCGAUCCAAAGGUAGACGCACAUACUCUCCUGCCUCCGCGAGUGAGGAUGCACGCCAACUACAGCCUGCAGCUCGACCGCCUCGGUGCUAAGGACUCAGCUGAUUAUACCUGCGAGGUGCUGCGGCCAGAACCGUGGGGGCCGAUCAGACAGACACAUACUGUGGAAGUGCAGUACUCGCCAACAGUGAGGACCAUCCCCGACGAUGGGUUCCUGGAGGUCCGGAAAGGAGAGUACGUGGAUAUCGGCUGCGACACCACCGGGACUCCCCUUCCUGUCGUGGAUUGGAGGAAAAACGAUUUAGCAUACACUCCCCACGCUGGCCAGACGGGUUGGGCCUGA